AUCCAUCCCGGAACGGGAAACACCAACCUGCUUUCCACCUAUAAAAUCCGCCCUUCCCCACCCCCCAAUCCCACAACAGCAAACCAAAUCCCCCAAGACCAAAAAAGGCCCCAGCAACCCAAGCGCGUCGACCCCAUCCACAGUUGAAUCUCUGAGUUUACUUUCAGAGAAGAUUUUAGUCGAGAUGGCGCAGGCGAUCGAGGCUCAGAGGGAGGGCGCGGAGGUGUACCACGGCGCGGCGCUGUGCGCGGAGAAGGCGGUGGAGCUGCUGGCCGAGACCAACAUGCCGCUGGGCCUGCUGCCGCUGGCAGACAUCGAGGAGGUGGGCUACAACCGCGCCACCGGCUUCGUCUGGCUGCGCCAGAAGAAGGCGCUCACGCACACCUUCAAGCAGAUCGGGCGGCAGGUCUCGUACGGCACCGAGGUGACGGCCUUCGUCGAGGACUGCAAGAUGAAGCGCAUGACCGGGGUCAAGAGCAAGGAGCUCCUCAUCUGGAUCACCCUCUGCGACAUGUACAUCGAGAAGGACGAUCCCUCCAAGAUCACCUUCAAGACGCCCACAGGGCUGGGGAGGACCUUCCCCGUCUCCGCCUUCGAGAAGCAGGACGACGGCAAGGCCAAGGCCGCGGCUGCCGACGGCAAGGAGGCCGUCGUGGCCAAGUAGGUGAGGACGGCCGGCAUACUCUACAAAGUUUGGAUGAAGAGUCCUCGAGUCCAAUAUUAACUAUAUACAAAGUUUGGAUGAAGAGUACUAUUUGCUUUUAUCUUUAUAAUAAACUACGGAUUAUAUAAGGGGUUGUAAUACUCUGCUCCGGUGUUUUGCCGAGGGUUGUAUCAUGCAUAUGAUCGUGCGAUCUUUAUAAUCUUAUAUGUGCUGUUCGCUGCUUAAUCGUGCGAGCC